AAAGGCAUAUUACCCAUUAAUGUUUUCUAUCACAAUUCACAAACAGUAUUGUGUGAUACUAAAAGUAUGCCUUCUUCUUUUGACCUAGCAGUCACCUUACAGCGGGAGACAAGUAGAAUGAAGAGGAGGUCGAAGGUAAUAAGGAGAAGACAAAGCUACAUAUGCAAGAGCCACGAACCGUCACAGGAGAUUCCUUUUGAUCUCGUGAUAGAGAUUCUCAAGAGACUCCCUGCUAAAUCCCUUAUUAGGUUCAAAUCCGUUUCUAAGUUCUGGUCAACCUUGAUUUGUUCCCAAUAUUUCACCAACCUUUCAUCAUCGCCACGUCUAUACAUGUGGCUGGGCUUCGACAACGAAAAGAUAUUAGUAUCAUCCUCGUCUUCUCUUGACUUGGACGGUUCUUUUGUAGUUGACCAAGAUUUGACAAUCUCAGCGAUGAAAGGCUACUCUGUCUCUCAUGUUUAUCGUGGUUUGAUGUGCUUUACAAAUGGGACAAGUGCACAAAUAUAUAACACUACCACUAGGCAACUUGUUGUCUUACCUGAUCUAGAAGAAUCCAGCACCAUAGCAAGAGAUCACAAGUUUAGUAAGAUCAUAUUCAUAUACCAUAUCGCACACGACCUUGUCCACGAUCAAUAUAAAGUGGUUUGCAUAGUUUCAAGACGCAAAGUUCGAAGAAGGAUCGUAAAGCUCCUGCUAGAGCAUUGGGUCUUCACACUAGGAGGAGGUGUAUCAUUUCAAUGGAGAAAGAUUCCAUGCCCAUGUCAACCACAUAGUCCUUGCACACGAGGAUUGACUAUCAAUGGGCGUAUGUAUUACCUAGCUUUGGUUCCUAAUUCGAUUAAACCUCUGUUUGUGAGAUUCGAUAUUAGUUCUGAAAAAAUCAGUGUGCUCCAAAAGCCUGAAAAUGCCUAUUGGUCUCGGUAUUAUUAUACUGAGAUUAUAGAAUAUGAUGGAAGAAUAGCUAUUUUAGACCACGCCGAUCUUGUACGUAACGGUGUGAUGGAACUGUGGGUUAUGGAAGAUGAAGAGAAGAAUAGGUGGUCAAGGAAGACUCUGGUGUUGCAUCCUUCUCAAUUGAAUAUGAUAAAAACGCACAUAGUCCAAAACAUGCGUUUGACGGUACAAGGUACAACUAGAAACGGUGACGUUGUCUUGGCUCCUCAACAUAUAUUUCGUACUGGACCCGACCAGCUUACCGUUUUAACUCAAGUUACAACUCUUUUCUACGUGUUUCUUUACAAUCUACAAAAGAAUCAUUUGAGAAAAGUUGAAAUCAAAUCCAACCGCUACAACACCAAAAGAUGGGACGUUAUUGGAUUUGAUGACAUUGAGAACUUAAUGCAUCUCUGAUCGCUUU